AUGGUAUUCGCAACGGUCUUGCUGCUCCUGCAGCUUCUCAUUCCGGCGGCCUCGUUCACCGUCGAUGACAUCCACACGGGCUUCAACUACGGCGCGUUUUGGGGCACCCCGGAUAAGCCGAAGCGCAAGGGAGAUUACGGCUAUGCUUUCAGGGCUGCGAAAAGCCUGAAUAGCUCCGUCGCAUUUGACUCUCCCCGUCUUUUCACGUGCCGUCAGCCAGGGACGACCGACGAGUAUAUCGAGGCCUUCGACGCCGCCGUGGAAAUGCACACAUAUUUACUUCUAGGCUUCUACGUUUCAGAAAUGAACAAGUCGGCCCAGAUACCUAGACAGUCCUAUGAAACGAAUGCGGACAUGCUCAAGUACGAGCUGAGGGCCCUAGAGAAAGCGCUGGCACAUCAUGGACGGGCGCUAGCAGAUCUUAUCAUCGGCCUCUCCGUCGGGAACGAAGACAUGGAGUCACUCUACUCGGAUGCAGUCACAACUGUCGUAUCGGAAAAUGUCAUCACGAGCAACAUAGCAACUGUUCAGAAUGCCGUCCUAGGCUCUGCUUUCGGUUGGGACAAGCUGUUCAAGACCUUGCCGCCGAUUGGUCACGCGGAUACAGCACGCAAUGCUGCAGUCCAGAAUGCGGAUUUUAUCGGCGCCAACAUCUUCCCCUUCUGGCACUCAGACCCCAGCGAGAAAGCACGAGCCAGCUUCAAUGAGAGCCUCCAAGAAGUCAAGAAGCGUGAUGGAAAAGCACCAGUAUGGAUCAGGGAGGCUGGUUGGCCUUCAGCAGGAAAGGGCACGACUGUGAGCCUCAAAAACAUGCAAAAGUACUGGUCGACUGUAGUUUGUUCGUUGAUUGACAGAUACACCAUCUUCAGUUUUGAAUUGAAGAAAGACUCGCAUGACCCAGGUGACCUCGAUUGGGGUCUCAUCGAAAAAUCCUCGCAGAAGCCCAAGAUCAGCGACUUGAGCUGUCUUGGUUCACCCGACUUUCCGUCAUUGCCACCACUAGCGGGGUUGUCCACGUCGCAUACAAUCACCCCUAUCUCUGCCCCCAUGAACACCUCUACCUUUUUGGCUACUUCAUUAACUUCGGUUCCCAACGGGUACAUGAGCGUACAGCAUGUCGAUCCUCUCACGUCUCCGCUGACCUCAGUCUUUGCCUCCCAAGACCGAGCGUCAUCAAACAGCGGCAGCACAACCCACAUUACUAUCACUUCUACGAUCACCGCCUAUGCGGCACCUUCGAACUCUGUCUCUCAAGAAGGAACAUCUCAACCUGCUUCGAGCAGUUUCAGUGAGACCCACGUCACAAUCACUUCUACUAUCACUGUGCCGCCG